CAGUCAGCCAAGUUUCUUCCACAAACUUGGCCCAUUGACCCCAAAAGUCUUUUCUGGAGACGGCCCCUGGGGCACCUGCUUCUCUCUCCGCCCCUCUGUUUGCAGCUGCUCCAGGCCAAGUACGGCGGGUGGCAGAACGUGAGCAUGGCCAGCUACUUCAGUGAUUAUGCCAGCCUGUGCUUUGAGGCUUUUGGGGACCGUGUGAAACACUGGGUUACUUUCAGUGAUCCUCGGACAAUGGCAGAAGAGGGCUACGAGACGGGCCACCACGCACCUGGCCUGAAGCUCCAGGGCACAGGCCUGUACAAGGCGGCACAUCACGUCAUUAAGGCCCACGCCCAGGCCUGGCAUGCCUACAACGACACGUGGCGCGGCCAGCAGCAAGGUCUGGUGGGGAUUUCAUUAAACUGCGACUGGGGGGAACCUGUGGACCUUAGUAACCCCAAGGACAUAGAGGCUGCCGAGAGAUACCUACAGUUCUGCCUGGGCUGGUUUGCCAACCCCAUUUACGCUGGAGACUACCCCCAAGUCAUGAAGGACCAUAUCGGAAGAAAGAGUGCAGAGCAAGGCCUGGAAAUGUCAAGGCUGCCAGUGUUCUCACUCCAGGAGAAGAGCUACAUUAAAGGCACAUCUGACUUCUUGGGCUUAGGCCAUUUUACGACUCGGUACAUCAUGGAAAGGAACUAUCCUUCUGGCCAGGGGCCCAGCUACCAGAAUGAUCGUGACUUAGUAGAACUGGUUGACCCAAACUGGCUUGAUUUGGGAUCUAAAUGGCUAUAUUCUGUGCCAUGGGGAUUUCGGAGGCUUCUCAAUUUUGCUCAGACUCAAUACGGCAAUCCACUCAUAUAUGUGACAGAAAAUGGAGCGUCUCAAAAAUUACACUGUACCCAAUUGUGUGAUGAGUGGAGAAUUCAAUAUCUUAAAGGAUACACAAAUGAAAUGCUAAAAGCUAUCAAAGAUGGUGUUAAUGUAAAAGGGUAUACUUCCUGGUCUCUGUUGGAUAAGUUUGAAUGGGAGAGAGGAUACUCAGAUAGAUAUGGAUUCUACUAUAUUGAUUUCAACAAGAAAAAUAGGCCGCGCUAUCCAAAGGCUUCAGUUGAAUAUUACAAGAGGAUCAUCAUUGCCAAUGGGUUUCCCAAUCAGAGAGAGGUGGAAAGUUGGUACUUCAAAGCCUUGGAAAUUUGCUCUAUCAACAACCAGAUGCUUGCUGCAGAGCCUUUGCUAAGUUACAUGCAGAUCGUGACGGAGAUCGUGGUACCCACAGUCUGCACCCUCUGUAUACUAAUCGCUGCAGUUCUCCUGAUGCUUCUCCUGCGGAGUCUGAGCUGA